AUGGCCGUCACUCAACUUUCUGACUCUGAAUUCCCCUACUCUUUAACCAUCUCCCUCCCGUUGCCGACCCACCGUCUCGCAUUGUCUGCUCUACAAACCCUCGAAGUCGACGCUGAAUUGUCACCAUUCGUACGACGCACCUUCGCCCUCGCAGCUCUCACUCCGAACGCCUCCGCCGAGCCCCAGGAGAAGAAACAGAAACAAGAACCCGAAGAGUCCAAUACUGUUCUGCAGACCACAUACCGCGCCACAACAAACCGUAUGCUUCGUGUUGCCGUCAAUGGAUUCAUGGAGAGUAUCGGUGUUGUCCUUGGCGUGAUGGCAGAGCUGGAUGUUGAUGUGCUUAAGGCCGAAAGGGAAGGAUGA